AUGAUCAUCACGCGCGGCUUCUCACUGACAAACUUUGUCAUCGCCAGCUCGGCCCUCUGCUUCCAAGUCUGUGUCCUGUACCCAUGGCAUCAUAAGCUUGAGGAUGAAUUCAAAGAGCUCAAAAUCGAACACCUACGCUUGCUUAAGGAAAAUGAAGAAUCUCGGUUGAAAGAACUAAAAGUUAUCAGAGAGCACCUAGGGAACUUCUACCGCAAGGUGGAGUAG